AGCUUGACAGACGACUGGAAAGCGACCAGAUGGGAUUCUGCACUGGCUUCUUAACAGAUUCCUCACAUUUCAAAUUGUAUCGCACACAUUUUUAGCGGACUUUCCUGCCAACAAACAGUCCUGGCGUGACGGCAGACGCCUAUCUGGGAGGCUCGGCUGCGCUGUGAACCGGGACAGGAGCGGUCAAGACAUUUAAAGACACCCCACCAAACAUCUUCCCACUGUCCCAAGGCGAGUGUGUGUCCAUCAUGCCGCUGUUCGGUAAAUCCCACAAGACUCCGGCGGAUAUCGUCAAGACGCUGAAGGAAAACCUGGCCAUCCUGGUCAAACAGGACAAGAAGACAGACAAGGCAUCUGAGGAGGUGUCCAAGUGUCUGGUGUCCAUGAAGGAGAUCCUGUACGGCAGCAAUGACAAGGAGCCUCACACUGAGACGGUGGCCCAGCUGGCCCAGGAGCUGUACAACAGCGGCCUGCUGAUGUCUCUGGUAGAAAACCUGCAGGUCAUAGACUUCGAGGGGAAGAAGGAUGUGUGUCAGAUCUUCAACAACAUCCUGAGGAGGCAGAUUGGGACGAGGAGCCCCACUGUCGAGUAUUUCUGUUCCCAUCAAGAGAUCCUCUUUAUACUGCUGAAAGGGUAUGAGACACCCCAGGUAGCGUUGAAUUGCGGGAUCAUGCUGAGGGAGUGCAUCCGCCACGAGCCACUCGCCAAGAUAGUUCUCCAGUCGGAACACUUCCACAGUUUCUUCAACUACGUGGAGAUGUCCACCUUUGACAUCGCCUCGGAUGCCUUCGCCACCUUCAAAGAUCUCCUGACAAGACACAAAGUGCUCGUGGCCGAGUUCCUCGAACAGAACUAUGAUGCUGUGUUUGCAGACUAUGAGAAGCUGCUGCACUCCGAGAACUACGUCACCAAGAGGCAGUCUCUAAAGCUUCUGGGUGAGCUGUUAAUGGACAGACAUAACUUCACGGUGAUGACACGCUACAUCAGCAAGCCCGAGAAUCUCAAGCUGAUGAUGAAUCUGCUACGAGACAAGAGCCCCAACAUCCAGUUUGAGGCCUUCCAUGUCUUCAAGGUUUUUGUAGCGAACCCCAACAAGACGCAGCCAAUCGUCGACAUCCUGCUCAAGAACCAGACCAAACUAAUCGACUUCUUGAGCAACUUCCAGAAGGAUCGCACAGACGACGAGCAAUUCAACGACGAGAAGACCUACCUAAUCAAACAGAUCAGGGAUCUGAAGAAACCGGCUUCUUAGAGAAGCACCCCUCCCUGCCCUCGACCCUCAACUUUUUAUCGAUAGGAAGACAUACAGUAGAAAAAAAACACAUUAACAAUAAUGGUUAUUCUAUUUCAAAAAAUCUUCUCGCCAUUUUCUUUUUUUCUCUUUUGUUGGUUCAUUUAAGACUUGUGCAAGAGUAGUUCUCAAUCACUGAUCUUUCUUUUGUAAAUUUUUCUCAUGAGUUUUUUUUUUUCAUCUGUAGCAUGUAGUGCCACAACUCAUGGUGUUGGAGGCAGCUGAUUUGCUCUGUUGGGAGAACCAGCGGUUAAAAAGCUUCGGCCAAAAUGGUCGGACAUAAACAGACGUGACCAUUUUUGUAUCAGUCGCCAGUUGCGGGCGCUCUGUUAGUUGCUGCACACAAUUUAAUUCCUUAACUGUUUAAAUGAAGUAGCUGCAAAUAUAAAACAAGAGAAGUAUUUCUGUUCUGUUUUUUUUUUUAAGCUGGGUCAACAUGUCUGUUCGGGAUCAGGCAAAAACACAUUCUCGGUCAUUGCUAAAAGCUUUGUAAGCCAAACGGCAGCGGUAACUCUCAGUUGCCUUCUGCUAGCCAAAUGUCUUUUUUUGUUGUACUGCCAAAGCCAACGUUCGCUUAGUUUUCUCUCUCUGAAACUGAAAAGCAUCAUCAGACUUCAUUUUUAGCAGAUUUUAGCAUUGCUAGUUUAACAAGGGAAAGGUCUGAGGCGUGGACUUGAGUCACAAAUUAGUUUACUUUAGUCUCAAGAAAAUCAAAAAAAGACUUGAACCUCGACUUGGACUUAAACACCAAUAUCUCACGACUUCACUUGGACUUGAGCCUUUUGACUUGAAAGCACUUGAUACUUUCCCCCAAGCCCAAAGAUUUAGUUUAUGUACAAAAAAUAUGCAGUGGUCAAAAAAAACUAAUUGCAGUAUGCAAAUCCUGGGGGUUGAGAAUUACUGACAAUAACAUGCAGCUCCCAAUUUAGUUGGACAUUUGAAGUUGCACAAAGAACAGCAAGUCAAAGCUAAUGUCAGCAUAGUUAGCGAGCUAAUGCUUAGUAACGUUUUUUAACAAACUUGUUUUAAGAGAUAAAUGCAAAUCGUAAAAAGCUUUUGUGAUUUUUGUAAAUUUAAUAUUGUCAUUUCUUUUAUUGAAGAGCGCCUUGUGACUUGUUUCAAGGUUAAGGACUUGGGAUGCGUCAGUCUUGACUUGGAACUGGAACUUGCCUACCUUGACUUGGGACUUCCCCCUCUUGACUUGGGAUUUACCUGUCUUGACAUUAAACUUGACUUAGGACUUGCCCCUCUUGACUUGGGACUUGCGUAUCUUGACUUGAGACUUGCCUGUCUUUACAUGGGACUUGCCCGUUUUGACUUGGGACUUGCCUGUUCUGAGUUGGGACUCGCCUUCCUUGACUUGGGACUUGACUUGGGACUUGCUUCUCUUUACUUGGGACUUGCCUGUCUUGACUUGGGACUUGCCCGUCUUGAUUUUGGAUUUGCUCCUCUUUACUUCGGACUCCGCUGUCUUAAUUUGAGACUUGCUUUAUUUGAGACUUGCCUGUCCUGACUUGGGUUUUGAUUUGGGACGUGCCCAUCUUAAUUUGGGACUUGCCUUUCUUGACUUGAGACUUGCUGUCUUUAUUUGGGACUUGCCUAUUUUUACUAGGGACUUACCUGUGUUGACUUGGGACUUAGCUGUGUUGACUUGGGACUUGCCUAUCUUGAUUUAGGACUUGCCUAUCUUGACUUGGGACUUAUCUGUCUUGACUUUGGACUUGCUGACUUUAUUUUGGACUUACCUAUCUUGACUUGGGACUUACCUGUCUUGACUUGGGACUUACCUGUGUUGACUUGGGACUUGCCCAUCUUGACUUGGGACUUACCUGUGUUGACUUGGGACUUACCUAUGGUGACUUGGGACUUACCUGUGUUGACUUAGGACUUACCUAUGGUGACUUGGGACUUGCCUAUCUUGACUUGGGACUCACCUGUCUUGACUUGGGACUUGCCAGUCUUGACUUGAGACUUACCUGUCUUGACUUGGGACUUGCUGACUUUAUUUGGGACUUGCCUAUCUUGACUUGGGACUUACCUGUCAUGACUUGAUACUUAAGAUUUGUAACUUGUGACUUGUAAAACAAUGACUUGGUCCCACCUCUGGGAAAGACUGAAGCAGUUGUGUGAAAUUGAGAACACACAUAUAAAGGCUGAUUUGUUUAUGAUAAUACCUUUCCAAAAAUCACAGAUUGGCACUUGUCUGCAAGACUAGACUGAGACUAGAGGAGUUCUAGUCACUGUUGCCAACAAAAAAGAACAGUUGUAUGAAUAUUUAAAGUCAACGAAAUGAAGGGCCUUUUUAAUUGAGUAUUGGGCUGCUAUCAGUACAGUAAGCUUCAAUCAUUUUUGAUCACUGGUUCUCUUUGCUGGUGGCUGAUAGCACUUUCUGUAUGAUAAAAAUAAUAAUAUGAUUUGUUUUGUUCAUCUUAAGCUGAUCACUGUUUUCUCACUGCUUGAGGGUAUUUUUUAUAUAUAUAGUUUCAUUUCUUGUCAUGUACAGUUUCUGGUUUGUACACCUGAAGUGAGUGCCAUGUUGAGUGAGAGCGUUGAACAUUACCAGGAGGCACUUUGCUGUGCGGAGGAGAGAGGAGAGCAGCUGUAGACAUGUGUUUGUGUUCCACUCCUUUUUCUUUCUGGACUGUAACAGGUGUUUUUGCUCUGAUUUGGAUCUGAUGUUGGUUAGAGACAGGUGAGAAGAUUCAGAGGUGCCUUUUCUUUUGGUGUGUUUUCCCUUCUUCUUUUUGUAUUUCUUUCUAGGGGGAGCUUAAUUAUCCUGUUAAUGAAAAUAUGCUCUGGACAGAACAUAUUUGUUGUGAUUAAGCAGUGAACCUCUUAACUCACUAUAUUUGAGUUGCGCCAUCAGAGAAACAUUUUAAACUUUUUUGCAGCUGAUUGCCAUUGUGUACAGACCAGGGUCAGAGUUUCACUUUGAGUGAUUCAACAUACAGAUUACAAACCAUGUGUGGGAUUCUGUCGCAGAGUGAGGCCAAAGUUGUGACUGGAUUUGAUGGUGAAAUGUAACUGUGAAAAAUCUAAAUGUGGUUAAAAUUCCACCUUUAAAUUGCUGUUAGUUUUAUAUUUGACUCCCUAAAAAGACAUUGGCAAUUAUGUCUAUAUGUGAUGUGCAUCCAUCAGGUUGCUUUGAGCUUCCCUGGAAGUUUAAUAUUCAAUGAAGCCAAGAUCGAGGAAAAUUACAACCUUCUUUAAUUUGGACACUUAGUAAAUUUCAGUAGCUGCCAUUGAAAUGCAGCAAAUCUAAAGAAAGGCGUAAGUGGAGUACAGCUGAGUGACUAACAACCUGUGAAUCGCCAUUCUGGUGUAAAAGGAAAGAGUUCUCCAUGUUUCGUUAUUGAGGUGAAAAAUAAAAAUGCCACCUUUUUUUGAUGUUAUAAGCUGUGACAUAUCAUACGUCAUCAGAUGCACAAGUCCUCCAACUCAAACAAUGAGCAACUUUGGUCCCAGCAGAACUCCGACAUUAUCUUCCCAGUGUCCUUUCUCUCUCUGAAGCAGCCACCUUAUCUUCCACAUUGAUGCUGUUGUACCACAUUCACGACAAAUAAAAGGAUCGGAAUGCA